AUGACAGCUCUGUCGCUAAUAGUACUUGCGUGCCUCUUAAUAAAUAGUCACACUAGCUAUGGAGAAAGAAUUCUAAAGAAACCAAAUGAGUUUGAAAUGAAAGCCGCAUCCUUAGCACCUGGUUAUAAACCAUGCCCAUCAACUAUAGGAUCAAGUGGUAUUUACGAUAUUAAAGUUCCUGAGUUGGGAACUUUUCCAGUUUCCUGCGAGGCCGACAUUGCUGGACCCGGAUGGAUUGUGGUAGCACGUCGGACAAACGAUGAGAGAAAUUUCUAUUUGAAAUGGCAACAGUAUAAACAAGGUUUUGGUAAUCUAUCUGGUGAUUUCUUCAUUGGAUUGGAUAAACUCCAUGCCAUAACCGCAACACAGAAUCACGAAUUAUAUAUACGUCUGGAGAACUUUGAUGGACAAAUUCGUUAUGCUCGCUAUGAUCAGUUCUAUAUUGAAAACGAAAACAUGCAAUAUCAACUGUCUAAAAUAAACGGCUUCUCAGGAGAUGCAUGA